CCCGCAAGCAACAUCCCAGUUUGAGAUCUUCCACGUUUACACAUCCGAACUCCUCCUACAAGAGCCCACAACUCACUGUCGAGCCCUCACAAGCCUCACUCACAGUCUACACUUUCCUUAAAAUGCUACAGAGGAUUAUUUUGAGUUUAUUGCUGGCGACAUGGUUCUAUGUGGACUGUAACCCCGGGCCGAUCGACGAUAUUGCAGUUGAUCGAUACUUCAUUCCCAAGCGAUGCGUCAGAGAAGUGAAAUCAGGAGAUUUCGUGCGUUAUCACUAUAACGGCACUUUUACUGACGGAAAACGGUUUGACUCUAGCUAUGAUAAGGGGGCUGCAUUCUUUGGACAGGUGGGCCAUAAGUGGCAGUUUGCUGGCGUGGACAAGGGCAUUCUGGGUAUGUGUGUGAAUGAGCGUCGGAGGAUCACUGUGCCCCCCCACCUGGCCUACAGUAGCCAAGCAGCAGGUGGUACAGUGCCGCCAGACACAACAUUAGUGUUUGAUCUGGUUCUACUAGACGUCUUUAACAGAGCAGACCAGGUUCAGACCAAAGUCAUCAGUACACCUAAAGACUGCAAGCGCUCAGUCAUGAGGACUGACUUUGUGCGUUUUCACUUUAAUGGGACAUUGCUGGAUGGCACCGUGUUUGACUCCAGCUACAAGCGUUCCCAGACGCAGGAUUCUGUGGUUGGAGAAGGUUUGCUCAUAAAAGGCUUGGAUGAAGGGUUACUGGGCAUGUGUGUGGGAGAAAUACGACACUUCAUCAUCCCUCCAUUUCUGGCAUAUGGAGAAAAAGGAUAUGGCACAGACAUCCCUCCUCACGCCACAGUUGUGUAUCACAUUCUCCUGGAAGACCUCCACAACCCUAAAGAUGACAUCAUUGUGGAGGUCAAGGAAGCGCCUGAACCAUGUGCACGCAAGUCUGUUGCUGGCGACUACAUCCGCUACCACUACAAUGCCUCCUUCCUCAACGGCAUCACAUUUGACUCCAGUUAUCAGCACAACCAGACGUACAACACAUACAUUGGACUGGGCUACAUGAUCGCAGGCAUAGAUAAAGGCUUGCAGGGUGUGUGUACAGGAGAGAGGAGAAGAAUCAUCUUGCCGCCUCACCUUGCGUAUGGCCAGCAGGGGGCAGGUAAGGACAUCCCAGGUUCGGCCGUAUUGGUCUUUGACAUCCACGUGAUAGACUUCCACGGUGUCAAAGAUCCUGUACAGGUGGAGAUCCUGCAUAAAUCUGAGGUGUGUAAUGAAACCAGUGAGGUGAAUGACUUCAUUCAGUACCACUACAACUGCUCACUGCUGGACGGCACAUUGCUCUUUACAUCGAGAGACUAUGAGGCCCCACAGGAUGUGCUGCUUGGAGGGGGUAAAAUAAUUGAUGGCCUGGAUGAGGGUCUUAGGAACAUGUGUGUAGGAGAGAGACGGACAGUCAUAGUGCCGCCACACCUUGGACAUGGAGAGAAAGGAGCUGGUAUUGUCCCAGGGAGUGCAGUGCUACGGUUCGAACUGGAGCUGGUAUCUCUGCAGAAGGGGGUUCCUGAGGGCUACCUGUUCGUUUGGCUUGAAGAUAGUCCAGUUCAGCUCUUUGAGGCUCUAGACAUCAACCAGGACCAACAGGUCCCUUUAGAGGAGUUUUCACAGUUCAUCAAACAGCAGGUAUUAGAAGGGAAAGGUCGUCUGAAACCAGCUCAAGAUCCAGACAGUGUCAUCAUAGACAUGUUCAAGAACCAGGACAGGAACGCUGAUGGUCUGAUCACUCUGGAUGAACUAAAACUAAAAGCAGAUGAAGAUGCAGAGAAAGCACGUCAUGAAGAACUGUAAAACCUACACAAACACAUGUGAAUGUACAUGCAUUCAGAAAAAGAACAAAGCAACAGACUCAUACUCCUGGGGCUGAAAACCAGACCAACAAACUUUCCAGUAUUAAAAGUGUACAUUUGAGUGUUACAUAUUUUUAUACUUCGAAAAAUGUCAGAUCUCUAAAUGCAUUUGUGCCAUUGAAUAAAAAGUUUCAAACUAAAGUGUUUGCAAACAUUUUAUUUUGAAAUGAAACAACUACAUUUACAAAAAAAGUAUUCAAGUGAGCUAUUUUAGUUUACUUUUUUUGGAAUGAAAAAAAUAUUCAUUCAUACUUUGCUGAAUCAAUACCUAAAUAGGAACCUAGUAGUGUGUACUGGACUAGUAAGUGCAAAAAUAGUAUGGUAAAUGGUAAACACAGACAGGAUUUAAACCUAGUCCAAAAAUGCAUGUUUGAGCUGUUUUAACAGAAAGAAACUUGCACUGACAUAUCUUAAAAUAGCACACUUAGAAGUUUACUUUUCUUUUCUUUUUUUAAGGGUUUUCAGAGGUUCCUCAUGCAUGAUGUAUUUGUUCAUUCUUCCUAUUAUAAUGCUCUUCUGUGAUGGAUGAUUUUCUAGCUAUAAAUAUUUUUGGGGUUGAGUAGAGGUUUUAAGCAUACAACACAUUUUAAUUUUUUGUUGGAUGUAGUGGUGUUUAAUAUGGUACCAUUUCUGCCUUAUCUUUGCAUUGGUUUCUACUGGACUUUUUGUAUAUAGAUUUGUGUCCAUUAUUCACCAAAUAUUAAAUAUUUAAGUGAAAAAUACACUUGACUGGCAAAGGGUAUGCUCUAAUGGUCAUAUGACAUUUUUGGGAAAAGUCUUGGGCAUUAAUGAGAUAAUGUGAAAGACUGUGGCAAGGAAAAACUACCUAAGAUUUGUAGAUAAAUGAAGAAACCUUGGAACCAAGACUCAAGUCGACAUCAAUAGACUUCCAGCAGGCAACACUGAAAUCGCAGUUCACCAAAACACAAUGUCUGUUGUCCUCUAACUCAAACACUUUGGUUGUUGUAACUUUGUGACCUUGAUUGAGGCUUAGGGAUUAUAGUAUGAUCACAAAAUCAAAACUAUCUGAUAUACUUAAUUUUAUAGUGUGGAUUGAUUCAUCAGAAUGUUACUCCAGACUUAUUCUUUGUCUUUACUUGGAAACUAACAAGUAUCCAAUGUAAUGUAACAAUGAUGAAAUAGGACUGACAUGCUCAGAUUCUGCUGCAUUUUGAACCAACUGAAGCUUGUUGUACCUUAUAGUAAUCUAGCUGAAGUUUCCCACACUGCUAUUCAUAUCUGUAACAUUUUUAGCAUCAAACACUGACUACUGUUACAGAAAAGAUUGGUUAGGUUUAGUUACUUGUAAUUAUGCAUAAUUUACUGUUAUUAAUAUAGUAAGUACAUGUAGUAACAUGUAACUAUGUCACCUUACAAUAAAGUGUUACCCAUUCUCCCCAA